GCUGAAGUUAUAAUUUUUUUCUUUGGCAUAAAAACCUUGACAGUUUUAAUGAUCUGGGAAGGGAUGGAAGGCUUCUUAAUUGUUCCCAGAAGUAGAAAGUAGAAGUAGCCUAUGUUCAUCGUAUAUAUGAGCUUUAUAUUCAGUGAUUCUUCAUUUUACAAAGCUAGGCGUUCUCUGCUAAUUCCAAGUAUGAAGGCUCAAAUCAAAUUGAUUUUGGCGCCCAUAUAGCACUUCUUCUUACCGGGUUUCUUAAAUCUGCUUUGCUGUUGAUGAACUUGCUCUCGGCCUUCUCUUCUUGACUUGGUUGGCUGCGGAACAGGCUACAGCUGCUUGAUUGAAGAUACUCUAUUAUUGGAUGGAGGACAAUGGUGCUGAAGUCGUUGAGCUUCGAUAUUAUUGUACAAUUAAGGUUCAUCAUUUAAUGUGUUUAGAACUCAAAAAAUUCAUUGACAGAAUCUCGGAAAUAUUGCCAGCCAUCGAGUCUGCCCGGCCAGGAUGCACAUUGGGAAUAGAGGCAAUGUGCACAAUAAAACUUGCAAUGGAUAAAGCAAAAUUACUUAUACAGCACUGCUCAGAGUCUAGUAAACUCUACCUGGCAAUUACAACAGAGAGGAUAGUUUCCAGAUGUAAGAAAAUACAAAAGACUUUGGAAGUAUCUUUGAGUCAAAUUCAAAAUAUGGUCCCAUUGCUGUUGGCUGGAAAGAUAUCUGGAAUUGCCCUUGAUCUUAAGCGCACAAAGUUUCCCAUUGAACCUGCUGAAGAAGAGGCUGGGAAGGUUAUAUUAGGACUGCUUCGACAAGCAAUUCCUGUGUCCAAUUCUGUGAAUGAUUUAGAACUCAAGGCUGUUCGACUUGCAGCUUUGACACUAAAAAUUACAUCCCCUUCUGCAGUUUUGAUAGAGAGAAGAUCUAUUAAGAGUUUACAUGAUAAAGCCCCUGACACAGACCCUAAGAAAAAAAUCUUGAAGUGGCUCUUCUAUCUUUUGAGGAAAUAUGGAGAAAUAAUUGGACGAUACCAGGAUGAUGGCAGCCAUAUGCAGUGUGAUGAGACUCAAGCCGAUGACUUUGGAACACCCGGAACUCCUCCCAAGGAGUUCAAGUGUUCCAUCUCUAUGCAGGUGAUGCAUGAUCCAGUGAUUAUUGCUUCUGGGCUGACAUUUGAACGAUUUUGGAUAGAGCAGUGGUUUAAUGAGGGUAACCAGACAUGCCCUAUAACUCAAAUGACGCUUGACAACUUGUUCAUGACUCCAAACUCUGUACUGAAGGAACUCAUAUCAGCUUGGUCUUCCAAGCAGGGGAUUACUAUUCCUGACCCAUAUUUAGAACCAAAUAUUUCCUCUCUUGUCUCCCUGGAUUCUUCAUUUUCCAGUUCCAUUGCCAGCAUUCCUAGUUCUGUGAAUAACUUGAACCUUCAACUUAGUGCUGUGUCCAUACGCUCUUCAGGUACUGAUGAUGUUCCAGAAAUUUUAGACCACUUUAGUGAAAGCAGAUUAAGUUGUAGGCAUAGACAGAAGAAUGCAGUUUCUCAAGAACUUAACAACUCUACAGAGAGUUAUGGAAACAUGUUGGCUUCUCUUUCCAGACUUGCUGCACUUUCAUGGGGAUCACAGUGCAAGACAGUUAGAGAUGUGAACAAAACACUUCAGGAAAAUAAACACGCAUGUCAUACUACAAUUUCCAACAGUUGUGUCGAACCUUUGAUUAAAUUUUUGAAGGAUGCACAUGAAUUAAAUGAUGUAAAACAACAGAGAGAUGGAGCAGAGGUGCUGUUGACGAUUUUGAGAAAUAACAGCAGUGAAAUGCUACUGUUUGAUACAGAUGGGAUUUAUGUGUUGGCAUCGUAUAUUGAAACUGAAAUCACUGGAGAAGUCCUUGCUAUCAUAGAGGUUUUGUCUUCCCAACCUAAAUACAAGUCUAUGAUAGUGGCAUCUGGUGUUCUUCCUUCCAUUCUUAAAGUCCUCGAUACCAAGACCAGGGACUUUCACAGUAUUGCCAUGAAGAUACUGUGUAAUUUGUCCUUCAAUUGUGAUGUUGGAUACCAUAUAGUGUAUUUGGACUGCAUUCCAAAGCUGAUUCAGUUAUUGGGUGAUCCAUACCUGGCACCAUUUUGCAUUGAGAUCAUUAGGAACCUACGCAGUAUAGAGGAGGUUAGGAUUGCAGUAGCUGAAACCAGCUCGUGUAUCAGUGACAUUUCCCUAAUACUCGAAACUGGAACAAAGGAGGAACAAGAACAUGCUGCAGGUGUUCUUCUUUUUGUAUGUCGUGAGCAUGCUGACUUCCGUCAACUGGUCAUGAGAGACACCAUCAUACAAUCUUUAGCCGAUAUGUCUCUCAAUGGGAAUUCCAGAGGUAAAGAAUUUGCCUCUGAAUUGCUCCAACUCUUGGAAAAUGUCAAAGAUGAUCCUCCAGAAUGUUCAAUUCCCGAAAUUGAUCUGGCCCUGCUCGACAUCUCAAGCUCCUCCAGCUGCCAGUAUGAAGAUAAGAAACCGUCUUACAGGUCAUUUUGGUUCUUUGGAAGGAUUUUAUCACUAUUUUAGUCUCAGAUUAGCUCUUAGCAUAAUUUUAGUCUCAGAUUAGAUAUAUACAUACAAAAAACACAGGACAUAAGAGGAUUGAGUCUCCCACCAACCUCAUCCGUCUGUCAUAUAUGCAUUCUCAUUGGAGCUGGUGGCAUGAGUUUCGGACCAUCGUGCAACUCUUUGUAGUUGUACAGUACUGGAAUCAUAGGAGAAAGAUUCUUGCCCGAACUUAAAAGGCUUUAGAUAGGAGAAAGAUAUACACGUGAAGUGGGUUAUUGUCACUACUUGAACAAUACAUAUCGUAGGACUCACUUCAUCUGUUUAUUUAUCUCCUACUUGAAGUUUUCAAGUUCUUGCUCGAACUUGAGGAAUCCUUGAUCUGAUCCGUAAUGGUAUAUAACAUUAUAUAGGAAAUGUAAGGUCCAAGUUGCAGUUGUGAGGAGCAAAGUGUUGACCUUGUAGUGUUGUUUCAAUUUCCAUGUACAGUGUAAUGAAAAGGUUACUUUGGUAA